AUGGGCGCAAACGACGAAACAAUACCCCCCGACGCCACUGGCUCUCAGCAUUCGAUCACUGAGCCUGAGAAGCAAAACACAGCAGGCGAACACACUCAGCGCAAUGCGACGUCACAAGAUGCAGGAGAACAUCAUGUGACAAUAUCAGAUGCGCCUCUGGAGCAGGCUAGGAAAGACCCAUUAACAACGGCGUCGAGCCAGGAUGGCGGCGACGUGGAGAAGCAAACCGAGGAGCCCAAACAAGAAGAGCAGGAGAAGGAUGGGCGGAUAAUGGGCAGAUCGAAAGGCAAAGUCGCAGUCAUCAUGCUCGCGCUCUGCUUAGCUAUCUUUCUCGCAGCAUUAGAUGUGACCAUCGUCACCACUGCCCUUCCAACAAUCAGUGAGCACUUCCAUUCCGCCUCUGGCUAUACAUGGAUUGGUUCUGCCUUCCUCCUCGCGAACGCCGCCUCGAUCCCUUCAUGGGGUAAGGUUUCGGAUAUCUUUGGACGCAAGCCUAUGAUCCUCGUUGCAAAUGUCAUCUUCAUGGUGGGAUCAUUGGUAGCGGCGCUGUCGGAUAGCAUUGGCAUGCUCAUCGCAGCUCGUGUCGUGCAGGGUAUUGGCGGUGGUGGAUUGAUCAUCUUGGUCAACAUCUUGAUUGGUGAUCUCUUCCCUCUGCGCAUUCGUGGUGCCUUCUAUGGUGUUAUUGGAGGUGUGUGGGCGAUUGCGUCUUCUCUUGGACCCAUCGUUGGAGGCGCUUUUACACAAGGAGUCUCUUGGAGAUGGUACGUCAGAAACAUUGGUCUCAUCGAUCUGCAUAACGCGCUAACAGCGACAGGUGCUUCUACGUCAAUCUCCCGCUUGAUGGACUCGCGUUCUUUAUCCUCCUCUUUUUCCUCGACAUCAAGACGCCUCGCACUCCCCUGGUGCAAGGUCUCAAGGCAAUCGACUGGAUCGGCACGCUACUGAUCGUAGGCGGCACUUUGUUGUUCCUCUUUGGUCUGCAGUACGGAGGCGAGACCGCACCGUGGGACUCGGCUGAAGUUCUCUGCCUUAUCAUCAUUGGAGUCUUCACUCUCUUCCUGUUCGCCAUGUGGGAGUGGAAGUUUGCCAAGUACCCGAUCAUGCCUAUGGCUCUAUUCGGAUCCUUGACGAACUGCGCGACUUUCGCUGUCGUUUUCCUUCAUGGACUAGUUUUCAUUUCGGCUUCGUACUACCUUCCACUCUACUUUCAAGGCAUUCGUGGCGCGACGCCGAUUCUUUCUGGUGUCGAUUUGCUCCCCACAGCGCUAUCUUUGGCUGCGGGGUCUCUUGGGACUGGAGUAUUCGUGGCCAAGACCGGAAUGUUCUUACCCCCAAUCUAUUUCGCCUUCUUCAUGAUGACGCUCGGGUAUGGCCUGUUCAUCGAUUUCGACGCGCACUCGUCCUGGACGAAACUCAUCAUCUUCCAGAUCAUUGCAGGUCUGGGUGUUGGUCCUUGCUUCCAGGCUCCCAUCAUUGCCUUGCAAGCACACAUCGCGCCUCGAGACAUUGGAACGGGAACUGCAACGCUGGGGUUCGUUCGUCAGCUGGCAACCACUACAUCCGUAGUCAUCGGCGAGGUCGUGUUCCAAAACCAAAUGCGACGCAAGACCCCAGAACUGGCCUCCGUCCUGAACCCCCAGCAACUCGCUCGUGUCUCUGGAGGUAAUGCAGGAGCCAACACCGAAUUCAUCGACCAACUCCAACAACCCGCCAAGAACGUCGUGCGCGUCGCAUUCGCCGACUCUCUCCAGCCCAUGUGGAUCAUGUACACCUGCUUCGCCGCUCUGGGGCUCAUCGUCAUGUUCUUCGUCAAACGCAAGAAACUCACUCGCCAACACGAAGAGACCAAAACCGGUCUUGAAGCGGAGAAAGCCAACGCUGAAGCACGAGCUGCUGAAAGGCAAGCAAAGCGAGAAUCUAAAAUGUCUUCGAAGAGAAAUAGUAGAUUUCCUGAAGGCGGGGAUGCAUCGCGGCCUACUACCGCUAAUGCUUCUCGUCCUACUACCCGGCCCCAGAGCAGUGCAACGAGCGAGUUCGAUAAGGAAAAGGAGAAGGAUGAAGAGCCUGUUCCGGGGUUACCGAAGGAGUACCAAACGACGACAUAG